CUGAUUAUGUGAGACAAUGUAUCUCCCAUGUUAAGUCAUGACUGGACUCAUGCCCAUGCAGAGGACAGGUUGUUCAACAGGCUGUUCGUUGGCUAUAACAAGUGGUCCCGCCCUGUACGAAACAUCAGCGACGUUGUCAUCGUCAAGUUCGGUCUGUCCAUCGCACAACUCAUAGACGUGGAUGAGAAGAACCAGAUGAUGACCACCAACGUAUGGCUGAAACAGGAGUGGAGUGACUAUAAACUGCGGUGGCGUCCAUCUGACUACGACAACGUAACGUCCAUUAGAGUACCUUCUGAACUGAUCUGGGUACCUGACAUCGUCCUCUAUAACAAUGCGGAUGGUGAGUUUUCAGUGACCCAUAUGACCAAGGCUCAUCUGUUCCAUAGUGGUCAUGUGCGCUGGGUUCCCCCGGCCAUCUAUAAGUCCUCCUGCUCUAUAGACGUCACCUUCUUCCCCUUCGAUCAGCAGAAUUGUAAAAUGAAGUUUGGCUCCUGGACCUACGACAGAGCUAAGAUAGAUCUAGAGCCUAUAGGGGAUACUGUCGAUCUGAAGGACUACUGGGAGAGUGGUGAAUGGGCUAUAGUGAACGCAGUGGGAACCUACAACACUAAGAAGUAUGACUGUUGCCAUGAGAUCUACCCUGAUAUAACCUACUAUUUCAUGAUCAGACGCCUGCCUCUAUUCUACACCGUCAACCUCAUUAUCCCUUGUCUCCUCAUCUCCUGUCUCACCGUCCUGGUGUUCUAUCUGCCUUCUGACUGUGGAGAGAAGAUCACUCUGUGUAUCUCUGUCUUACUCUCUCUCACCGUCUUCCUCCUGCUCAUCACUGAGAUCAUCCCUUCCACCUCCCUGGUGAUUCCUCUCAUCGGGGAAUAUCUCCUUUUCAUCAUGAUCUUCGUCACUCUGUCUAUUGUGAUAACGGUGUUUGUCCUGAACGUCCACCAUCGUUCCUCUGCUACUCACACCAUGCCUGGCUGGGUUCGGACACUGUUCCUGUCUGCCAUUCCCCGGUGGCUCUGCAUGAAACGACCCCCGCCUGACCUCAGGAGGAGGGGCUUAGUAGGCAAACUCCACCCCUUCGGAACCUUCAGAACACCUGGCCCCUCCCGCGCUUCGUCGCAUUCCACAGCUCACACCUGGCUCAUGCGGGAGUCCGAUGUUGAUCUCCAUGCCCUGGAGGGGGUGACGUACAUCGCUGAACACCUCAGAGCCGAGGACCAAGACUUCUCUGUGAAGGAGGACUGGAAGUACGUUGCCAUGGUGAUAGAUCGUAUCUUCCUGUGGAUGUUCAUCAUCGUGUGUCUCCUGGGAACCAUCGGAUUGUUCUUACCACCCUGGCUGGCCGGCAUGAUCUAG